CGUUUUAAGGAAUCGACUCAUUUUUACUGAGCAGCGACUCGCUCUGGGUGUCACGCGCUCGACCACCCAAAAACACUACUGAGGAAAUGGCUGUACGCUUUCUGUCCGUAACGAGAAGAUAUCCCGUCGAUUUGUGCAGGUUAACACCAAGCGCGUCCACCAGGUCCAUUAUUGGCCUCUUCAGCACUGCAGCGGAGCAGCAUAGUGCUGGAGAUGAUUGCCAUGGUGAUGAUGGCGAUGAUGACCCCAGUCAUUCUGUGACACAUGUCAGGAUGUUGGAGAUGAGAGCUAGAAAACUUGAGCAGCAGGUUGACAACCUCACGGAGAGAUACAAACGGGCUGUAGCUGACUCCGACGAUGUUAGAAAAAGAACACAGAAAUUUGUGAAAGAUGCCAAAAUAUUUGGGAUUCAGAGUUUCUGCCGGGACCUUGUAGAGGUGGCAGACUUGCUAGAGAAGAGUGCAGACGUUGAGAAGAGAGAAGGAACACAGCAGCUGACAAAAUACAUGGCACACAUACAGGGACGGCUGCAGGAAGUGUUCACCAAACAUGGACUGCAGAAGAUGACCCCCGUGGGAGCUGCUUACGACCCUUAUCAGCAUGAAGUAGUCUGUCAUAUCCCAGCAGAGGCAGUGGAGCCUGGUUCUAUAGCUGUGGUGAAGCAAGACGGUUACAUGCUGCAUGGACGUACCAUUCGCCAUGCCCUCGUGGGUAUUGCUGUGAAGACACAGGAGCAUUAACAUGGCCAAUCUUCAGUCCUCCUCUGCUUAAUUUAUUUACACUCUUAGAACAUUUGAUAUAAUUGUUUUUACAUCUCUAGACAACAACACAUUUGAUUUACUCUCUAAAAUAAUGGUUAUUUAUUUAUACAAGUUUUUUUUUUCCUAACUUGUAAUCUAUUGAGAUUAUUCCUGUUUACAGAAUUCUGCAGUGCCCAUUUAAUGUUUGAGGGAUUCAGUAUUGUCUGUGUGUGAUACAUUAUUGCAUUUCCAGAAUUGUAAUGUUGAAAUGACACAAAAAAAUGCACUUUACACUCUGUCGUGGUGGGUUCUGUAAGUGAUUAGUGUUUUUUUGUUGUUGUUUUUGUUUUGCAUUUAAAGGAAAAACGACUAGGUAACGACUUGUAAAAGUUUAUCAGUUGUUCUUGAAUGUAUCAAGCAAGUGUUAUAGGCCAGCACUACCCAAAAAUAAAUGCUAAAAUGGAGUUGUUUUCUUUUGGGGGUUGGAGUAAAGGGAUGAACAGGAGAUAUAUGUAUCCAAAGUGGAAAUUAACUGAAUAUGUUUUGGGAGAUAAAACAUUUAUAUGUAAUUUUUUUUUUUUUUUGUCAUAGUUUUCACUAAUAGGUUACUUUUUUGCAAACGAGAAGAAAUUGCAUGCUAUUUUAAUUUUACAGAUUUGUGCUUAUGUUAAUGUUGAAAAUGAAUAGUUUUGCGUGUAUGUGUGCGAUGCAGAUGUGUCGACUGAAUAAAAUCUCCUUAUUUGUA